AUGACAGAAGCAAAAGCUCUUCAGGUUUUCACAGGAGAUCAAUCCUCACCUGCUAUGCUGGCCCUGAACCCUGUUCCUUUUCUAAAAACACAUCUGAAGGUUUCUGCUCAGUUUCUGCUUCCAGGUACAUCCAAAUCUGCAGACAAUUCUUUGAACCUUGUAAUUCAAGAUAGGGAACUUCCUAAAGGAUUGUCAGACGAUUAUAAAACCUUAAUGAUGAAUUCCAGCCUGGGAGAUCUGGAUGCUACACAGAACGAUUAUGAAUAUAACAUUACCAGUGAUUCAUAUGUGUAUGAAGAUGGGAUCAUCCUUUCUGAUUUAGGAUGGAAUAUAUGGAUAAGCAUUUCUUUAAUUAUCUAUUGUAUUGGAUUUGUGGGCAAUGGCUACAUCAUCUGGCUACUGGGGUUCCAGAUUAAGAGAAACCGUUUCACCACAUUCAUCCUUCACUUGGCCAUUGCAGACUCUGGAUUCCUCGCCUCUAUGGUUAUACAUAAAAUACAUUUAUUUACCUAUUCCCUAAGAAGCAACAUACUCUUCCUUUUCUGUGCCUUUUUCUCCCACAUGAUGUACAUCAACGCAAACUUUAUUCUGACAGCUAUCAGCAUUGACCGGUGUGUGGCUGUCCUCUUCCCAAUCUGGCAUCACUGUUCCCGGCCAAAAGGUUUGUCCUCCAUGGUGUGUGUCCUCCUGUGGAUCUCCUCUUUCCUCUUGACUGGAAGUAUUGUGCUAUUCACAAAUGUCUUUGGAAAAUACAACCUGUUUGGUCUCCAUUUCCUUGUGACUGCUAUAGUUUCCCUUCCAUUGAUCAUACUCUCUACUCUGGUCCUUUUCAUCAAAGUGUGUGUUAAACCUAAACAGAAGAAUCAGGGUCGGCUUUUACUGAUGAUUUUAAUUACUCUUCUCUGUUUCCUCAUCCUUGCAUUUCCAUUAAAUGUCCUUGUGGUGAUUCCAGAUGAUGAAUUGACCUAUAUGGCUGAAAACUGA